AUGCCCCCUGGAAGCUCAUCGCAGUCCGGGGUUAUUAGCGGCCGGGUGACCAAGUCAGUGCCGCAAACUCCAGGAAAGCCAAAAGCGUCACAGAGUAGCAGUACCGGCAACAGUCUUACCGGGAGAUCUGGAAAGACUCCUAAGUACAAAUAUGGCUUCUGUCCAGGAUGCCGCUUCGGCCAUCUCGUGAGGAAUCAGAUCAACCCGGAGCAUCCCAACAAGGACAUAGCCGGAAAGUAUCGACUCAGCUGCAGCCACAGAGAGAGCAAAGGAUGCACGUAUUACAAGAUCCUGAAGACAGACCCAAAGCUUACAGUUCCGCCAACGCACUCCAAGAAGCCCAUCUGCCCUCAGUGUACCAUGGGCCAACUCCUCAAGGUGAUCCAGAAUCCCUUCAACUUCAAGGAACAAUGGAUGGAAUGCGACAGAAAAAACGCAUUGGAACGGCCAUGCGACUACCGACAAGGCUUGAAUGGCAAACAGCUUGAGAAUACGGGGGCGAUGCCUGGAACACAGCCCAGGGGACUUUUCUCUGACCACCGUCCAGAUGGGAAUAAGCUGGACAAAGGGAAAGGGAAAGCGACUGAACAGCCAGGCCCUGCGAACACAGCAGAUCCAGCAACGCGGGGUCCCGAACUUGACGCAGGACCAUCUCGAGCUCCAGGAGGGGCUGCAGACCUGACCGAAGAUGGGCAAUUUACGCCAGAAACAACGCCCGAAAGAUCACCAUCACCUACACCUGCCGCUCACAACGUCGGCGCCGCUACCGCCCCAAAUCUCAAUGGUCCUGCCCCUGGCACAUGGAAAGGAAAGUCCAAGCUCGUCGAAACGGCCGCAGACAUUCUUUCUUCCCAAACCGUCAUCGAUCUGGUCUCGGAUAUCUCGUCGCAAGCGUCUGACACGGCGGGACCAGGAGAAGGGUCGUCCAAACAGGCGGAAACUCUCACAGAGCCUCGAAAGCAGCCGGCUUGCAGCAAAGAGGACGCAUAUCUGGACGAAUUCGACUCCUCCGAUGAUGAAGAGCUUGCCCACAUGACCGACUACAUCUACCAUUCUGCACGAAAACCAAUGCCGCAACGGCGUGUCAAGAAAGAACCUCCCCUCAGCCCUAUCUAUAUCCAAGAUUGA